AUGUUUGGGUCUUGCUUGUUCGAUUACCUGCACCCAGAGGACGUGGAGAAAGUGCGCGAGCAACUAUCGACGCAGGAGUCGGCGACUCCUGGCCGUGUCCUUGACCUCAAGACUGGCACUGUCAAAAAGGAAGGCCAACAGUCAUCUAUGCGACUGUGCAUGGGGCCAAGACGGAGUUUCAUCUGUCGAAUGCGGCUGGGCAAUGCGCAGCCGGAAGCCCUGGGUUCCAGCACGCACCUCCACCGCAUCCGGCAGCGGAAUGCCCUGGGCCCAUCCAUGGAUGGCAACAGUUAUGCUGUUGUCCACUCUACCGGCUAUGUCAAGAACUGGCCGCCAACGAGUGACAGAGGUUCUGGUGAAGAGGACCCAAGCAACUCUCAUUGCUGUUUAGUUGCCAUCGGCAGGCUCCAGGUCACAUCCACGCCCAAUACAAAUGACUUGGUUGGAUCAGCAGCUGCAAAUGAGUUCAUCAGUCGACACGGUGUGGAAGGAAAGUUCAGUUUUGCGGACCAGCGUGUGGUGGGCCUGCUCGGCUAUUCGCCGCCGGAGCUCCUGGGCGAGUCAUUAUUCGAGUUGGUGCACCCAGAGGAGCAGUCGCACAUCAAGGAUUCUUUUGAACAAGUGGUGAAGCUGAAGGGCCAGGUCAUGUCUCUAAUGUACCGGUUUCGUGCCAAGAACCAUGACUGGGUCUGGUUGCGUACUUCGGCUUUCGCAUUCCUGAAUCCAUACACGGAUGACACCGAGUACGUCGUGUGCACCAAUAGCACUGCCAAAAGCUUGCACCCAGGAGGCGACGGGACUGGUGUGGACCAAGGGCCGCAGACAGACAUGAGCGCUAGUCAGUAUGGGCAGCCAGGACUGGACUACAGCUUGCACCGGACAACCCAGGCGCAAUACUUGUUGGGUGGGCAUGGGCAUGGACAGGCGCGACCUCCAAGUGCCGCCCAGCAGCCAAGCUACGGGGGUUAUGAUUCAGCAGCUGUGGCUGUGGCGGCUGCUGCUGCUGCUGCUGCUGCCACCACUUCUUCCCAGUCACCUUUAGGGUUCUCCUCUCCAAGCGGAGGUCCAUCACGGCUAACAAAGUCAGCAACACCACCAACACCAACGCAGCCCCAGGCCUCGUGGUCACAGGUCCACAUGAGGCCAAAUGGUGGUGGCAGCGGCUAUGCAGGCUAUAGUGGAAUUUCUCCAUCACGGUCGCCAUCUGCAGCAGCAGCAGCUGCUGUUGCUGCUGCCACAGCACCAGGUCCCACGUACACGCAGCUCAGUAAUCCAGCAUCAGCUGUUGGCUCCCCAUCUGUUGGGUCCAGUCGGGGAUCCUACCUAGCCUCUUCUUCGGCCUCCUCAGGCAUGUGGUCAUGGCAGGGGGGUGCCACUCAGGCAGAAGGUUCACCAGCAGGUGGUGCAAGUGCUGUGUCCAAUGGCCGAGGAGGAGGUAAUGCAGGCAGUGGUGGUGCAGCGUCGAGUGGAGCCAUGACGGGUCCGCAACCACCCCAUGCUCAUGCAGGUCACUCGCAUCCACCCUCCAGUAAUCACGAACUGUCCGACAUGAUGCAGCUGCUGGACCACAGUGGGGCCACUCCAUUUGAAGAGCUCAACAUGUUCAACACAAACUUUGAAUAACUGGGACGAGUGCUUUUUAUCUCGCUGUCCAUACACCCAACAACAACCUACACUGAGUCAAGAACCAGCGCAGAUCGCUUUGCUGAUGCUUUCUUUUGCUUGUUAAUUGUAAGAAUUGAUUUAAGUGAUUUACCCCUGGUAACGUUGGAACAGUUGGUCUUCAUGGCAAUCUUCUGGUCUCCACUUUGUUGAUUAAGAGUCAUUAGUUUUAAGAGCAGCAGUUUUCUGCAAUCAAAUGCUGUACCUGUUGGUGUGCCUUACCAGCAUCAAGACUUCAAAGCAGCUCGAUUUCCCUGUUGAUAUGGCAAGUGUUGUUGAAUACGGCAUUCUGCUUUAAUUGCACAGGGACCUCUUCCACUGCUUGUCUCUUUGCUUUCACCUGUGUCAUGGCCCUGUCCAAUUCAUUGGUAGCUUGAAGAAGAACCUGUCAAGUUUUUCAUUGAGAUCCUUACUUCAUCGAAGUAUGGAUAGCAUUGGAAUCCAUUACCUGAUUGUAUGGAUUCUCGGCUUAUUUGUGAAGAGCAGAAGCAAGGACAGAGCAUUCCGUUGCGAUUACAAGUAACUGUAGGAAGAAAUGAUGCGCAAUCAAUAUUGGAGAAAUGAUUUAUGUACGUUAGUGUUUUUCACAUGGAUCGGGUUGGGUUAGGCAUUGACGUCAAUUGACCAGCGAUUUUGUGAGGACUUGUUCAAGGUGAUAGUUGAGUAGACUUUUCAAUUACUGUACUUUAACUGCCUUGUACGUUUCCAAGCCGUGGCCGUUUUCAGCAUUUAUGCGCGCAUCCAACCGUGAGAAAAUGUUGAAAUUGCUAACUCAUGCUCUCCCGUUUUUUGGUCAAUUCUUUCUGAAAAUGUCCAUGGCCCAAAUCGUGCUUGUAAAGGAUUUGCCCUUCUGUUGACGUCAGAGAAUACAAAAGCUGCGUCAUCAGAGUUGAUGGGUAACUUAUUGAUCUUUGCCUGAAGCAUGGGAGGCCAUUAUUGAUAAUCUUGAUAAGUCAUACAAACAUCCCAACAUUUUCUCCGUUUCGUAUUUGUUGACGAAUUCCGAAAUCGUAGUGAGGAUACCUUGCGAGAUUCGGCGAGAAGCGUGAGAGCCCGGAAUUAUCCAACAUAAUUGAGGUAGCGCGAUGUUAUGAUAUUAUCGUGUAUGGCAUGAUAUUGAUGCAAGAAGUUUGAGUUACACUGCUAAGAUUGAAAGUGCAGUUUGUAUGUAAGCAUAGCGUAUUGGUUGAUACAGGCUCUGCGUUCCCUAUGUUCUAUCCGAAUCAAAUAAUUGAUCUCGAGACCAUCAUGUAGCAUUGGUUUCCUUGAAGUCUUCAACACUGUGUAAUUGGUCUGAGCUCGGAUUUGAAACCAUUUCCAGGAUGGGGGGGAAAGUUUCGGGAAGGAGAGCCAGCCUAUGGAACUGCAUGUGAAAGCGGGUUUCUCUCAUGUAAUAAGGUACGCUGUUCUGUUGGAGGUUGCCUCGAAAUCCUGGGUUCAGAACGUCUGCUGUUUGGCAAGACAACAACGAGGGUUUCCUCAAAUCACAAAUCAAAAUGGAUGGAUGGAUGGAAAGAGAGAGAGAGAGAGAUUGAGGAUCAGCUACCAAUGUGGACCUAUUUUUUUAUAUUUAAUGGAGCACAUAUGUGCGUUGGAAUCAGUUGUGAGUGCUGGUGCGGGCGUCGGCAAAGGUUCAAGUCAUGGAAGUCAUGGGUUUAAGUGAGGUGUUGAAAGUGAAUCUCUGGAUCAAAGGGAGAUUUUGCGGAUUAGAUGAAUGCAAGAUGCUCCUACUCCGUUUUUUUUCUCUUCUCCUGUGGAGAUUAAGUUGUGAUCACCGUCAUAUCACUUGGGCAACUCAAUCCUUUUUUUUUCUCAAUCAUCUGGACACGCAAUGACCAUGUGUUGUUUGGAAAGAAGUUCUGAGUGACUCUGUUGCCUGCGUUUGCAACACCCAUGGCCCACAGAUGGAGAACUGUAUGAAGAAUGGAUUGUGAAUUAUAUAUUUCAAAUUACAAGAAGCGCGAGUUUUCAUUUUCUAGGGUUUUGUACGAUUAAUUGUUGUCGUGCCUUGUGAUUUGAAA